GAUUAUUAAUUAAUGUUUUUUAUUCAAAAAUUUUUCAAAAGAAACACGUUCGGGACUUUAAUUGACAACACUGCUUUUUAUACCAAAUCAAUGGCGGCUGAUCAUGUGAUCGAAAAAAGAAAAGAUUAAAGGUGACGUGUAAAUAUACUGGUUAUAUUAUGAUGCUAUAUUAAAGAGAAGGCUUAUAAAAAAGAUGAUAAAAUUUGCCUGCCAUUUUUUUUUUUGGUCAUUCCGCGCUUUGAGAGCCACCUUUCCCGGCGAAUUCCAGCAUAUAAGUAUAUAUAUGUAGUUCAAUGGUUUACAGAUAAAAUCUGGAAUGUAGCAUGACGUGUCUUGUCAGCAUGUAUUGAACGCAUGCGCAAUGCCGCCUUACGUGGCAUCGGCAGCGAUUGUAAUUGCAUCGACAUACGUUAUCUUGUACGUUUUCGCGUAAACAUUUUCGGCGAUAUUAAGUUUUGUUAUGACUCAAAUACAUAUUGCGAUAUAAUAUGCAGCACAUUCAGGAAAUAGGUAGGCAACAUCCGUAUGCCACACCUGUACCUCCAAUGAACAAUCAGCAAAACUUUUCAAGACCAUCAAUUGUGGAUCAGCAGAACUUGCCAGGCCCGCACCCUCACCUGUUGCCUACGCAAUCUAUAGAUCAUUCUCAUGCGACGAGUCCUCCAAUGACAGAUAUUCCUGGUUCUCAAAUGCCUCCAUAUUUAUCUGCAGGCCCUCAUGGACAUGGGCAGUCUUCUGUAGGUUAUCAGUCACAAGUGACUAAUCUUCCGAAUACUAGUUUACCUCAGUCUGGAAUAGGAUCAUACAACUCGGCACCACCAUUACCAUCACAGGCUGUAGCGAGUCCCCCAGGCCCAGGUUUAUCGCAAUUUGAAUCGAGACAAUUUGCUCCUCCUCUUUCUACGAUGGUGCAAUCUAUAGUGAAUCCUUCAGGGCCUAACUUUUCUCAAGCUCGACAAAAACCAUAUCCGCAAACGGUACCUCCAAUGCCAGGUCAAACCAUAACGAGUCCCACAGGACCAGGCUUAUCACAGCCUGGGCAAAGGCAAUAUAGCUCUGGACCUCCACUGCCAGGGCAAAACUUAUCCAGUCCUUUAGGAAUGAAUCGUGCAGCACCUGGUGUUACUCCAAGCUAUCAACAACCAGUGUAUCAACAAUCAGGAUAUCAUAAUCAAAUGGACAUGUAUAACACUCAAAGAAGUUCAUAUCAAAACAGUGCGUCUAAUGCUACAGGAUAUCAACCAGGAUUGCAACCUCAACAAGCUAGACGACUUGAUCCAGAGCAAAUGCCAAGUCCAAUUCAAGUAAUGCAAGAUGAUCAAAAUACAAGAGGCGGAGUAUUUGUAACAAAUCAGAGAGGUCUGGUACCACCACUGGUAACGACAAAUUUCAUAACUCAGGAUCACGGAAAUGCAUCUCCCAGAUAUAUGAGAUCUACUAUGUAUACUGUUCCCACUACUGCUGAUAUUAUAAAGCAGACCAAUAUUCCCUUUGGACUUGUGAUAAGCCCAAUGGCUCGUAUCAUGCAAGGAGAAUGCGAACCACCGAUUGUAGAUAUGGGUGAAGUCGGGCCGGUACGUUGUGUACGUUGUAAAGCAUACAUGUGUCCAUUUAUGCAAUUUGUUGAUGCUGGUCGAAGAUUCCAGUGCAUGUUUUGUAAAGCGACAACAGAAGUUCCGAGUGAGUACUUUCAACAUUUAGACCAUACAGGUCAACGUUUGGAUCGCUACGAGAGGCCUGAAUUAAUGCUGGGUACAUUCGAAUAUAUAGCCACGAAGGAUUAUUGUAGGGACAACAUUUUCCCAAAAUCACCAGCCAUUGUGUUCGUAAUUGAUGUGUCGUAUAAUACAGUUAAAUCUGGUUUAGUAAAUUUGCUAUGUACAAAAAUGAAGUCUAUUAUAAAGAACUUACCAAUUGAUGCCGGACAAACCAAAAGUAACAUGAAAAUUGGGUUUAUUACCUAUAAUAAUACUGUACAUUUCUAUAACAUCAAUUCUUGUCUCGCUCAACCACAAAUGAUGGUUGUUGGAGAUAUUCAAGAUGUAUUUAUGCCACUUUUGGAUGGAUUUUUAUGCGACAUUGAGGAGAGCGAAACAGUUAUUGACAGUCUUAUGACACAAAUUCCUCAAAUGUUUGCGGACACUCGAGAAACAGAAACAAUUCUUGCUCCUGCUAUACAAGCUGGAUUAGAAGCAUUAAAGGCGUCCGAACGUUCUGGUAAAUUAUUGGUAUUUCAUUCGUCAUUACCAAUCGCUGAAGCGCCUGGGAAAUUGAAAAAUCGUGAUGAUCGUAAAGUACUUGGAACAGAUAAAGAAAAAACGGUAUUAGUGCCACAAAACAAUGUCUAUAAUAAUUUGGGUCAAGAAUGUGUGGGUGCAGGUUGCAGCGUAGAUCUGUUUAUCUUUAAUAAUUCCUAUGUAGAUAUAGCAACAAUUGGUCAAAUUUGUCGUCUUACUGGAGGAGAAGUUUAUAAAUAUACUUACUUUCAGGCUGAAAUCGAUGGUGAAAGAUUAAUUUCAGAUGUUAUUAAUAAUAUUAGUAGACCGAUCGCUUUUGACGCUGUUAUGCGAGUACGUACAUCUACGGGUGUUAGAGCAACUGAUUUUUAUGGGCACUAUUUUAUGUCCAAUACAACUGAUAUGGAAUUAGCCAGUAUAGAUUGCGAUAAGGCUAUUGGAAUAGAAGUUAAGCACGAUGACAAAUUGACGGAUGACGAAGGUGUCUAUAUUCAAGUAGCUUUGUUAUAUACUUCUUGCGGUGGUAUAAGAAGAUUGCGAAUUAUAAAUCUAAGUCUGAAAACAUCGUCGCAAAUGGUCGAAUUAUAUCGUGCGUGCGACUUGGAUGCUAUUAUAAAUUACUUCUCGAAGCAAAAUGUUUUCAAAUUAUUGGAAUCUACUCCAAAAACGGUGAAGGAUAAUUUGAUUGCAAGAUGCGCGAAUAUGUUGGCUAUAUAUCGAAAACACUGUGCAACACCAUCCAGUGCUGGACAAUUGAUAUUACCAGAAUGUAUGAAAUUACUUCCGCUUUACAUCAACUGUUUACUGAAAAGUGAUGCACUAUCAGGAGGAGCUGAUAUGACUAUUGAUGAUAGAUCUUACGUCAUGCAAGCGGUUGCAACUAUGCCUAUUUUCAUAUCUAUUGCAUAUACUUAUCCUAGAUUAUUUCCCUUGCACGACAUCGAUCCUCAAGAUACGGAAUUGCCUCCGAUGUUACGCUGUUCUAUCGAUAAAUUUACGGAUGAUGGUGCUUAUUUGCUCGAGAACACCAUCCAUAUAUUCUUAUGGUUGGGUAUGGCACUUUCUUCCCAAUGGGUGCAGAGUGUUUUUGGCGUAUCUUCGGUGGUCCAAGUCGAUACAGAUCGCACUGUACUGCCAGUAUUAGACACUCCUUUGAAUAACAGGAUCACAAAUAUUAUCAAUCGUAUACGUGGCGAAAGACAUCGUUGUAUGAGAUUAACAAUAGUGAGACAACGUGAAAAACUAGAGAUGGUGUUGCGUCAUUUCUUAGUUGAAGACAGAGGAAAUGAUGGAAGCCCUAGCUACGUCGAUUUCCUAUGCCAUAUGCACAAGGAAAUAAGAACACUACUUAGUCAAUAAAUAAUUUUUUAAGUAAUCAACUAUUUUGUAUUCUAACUCUAGCUCUUUCUGUCGAUGAUUUAUUAUCAUGUUAUUUUGAAUGAAUUCAAUUAAAGCUUUGUAUUCAAUCAUUGUACUUUUAUGCGCGCGUCUGCAUGCGUAUUGAAAAAAAUGAAACGUGAACAUUAUCUACGUAAAUAGGAUAGAUGUGGAAAAAAUACAAAUGUAUUCUUCAACAAAUGUAAAAUUAUUUUCUUCUGAAGGAGAAGUUAAGUGGUGAUUGAAUUAAUCAAUUGAUCAAAUAAUUAUAUUUAAAAAGAAUGCA